AUGGCUUCGUUGUCGCCUCCGAGUACACCAAACGCGAGGGCGGACGGAGUGGCUGAUCAUGCAUAUGCUAUCAGUGAGAAAGAUUUCCUCCAGGCUUCGACAAUAGAGCGUGGAGAUGGGCCUUCAAAGCCUGUCAAUGAACCGGUCCACGUUGAAGGACAUGACUCGUCUUCUCCUUGGCUGAUCGUCUCACCAUACCUUGAGCGCCAGCAUCAACUAGACCUCAGGACUGUCGAUACUCCGUAUCGCCUCUUGGCACUAGCAUUGACAAAGCUCGAAAACGCUACCAACGGCUAUGCAAUUGCCAAGUACGAGGACGCAUUCGAAUGGUCGGCUCUUAUGAAUCAUCUGAAGGAUCUUGCGGACAGAGAAGAUCAUCGAUGGACACGGCAGCAAUUCUAUGUUGUUGAGUUUCGGUCAAAGCUUAAGAAGGACAUCGAUAACGAUCUGCUGUUCAAGUUGGAUAAGAAGUCCCACGAAGAAGCUACAACCGCUGGCGGGCUACUGAAGUAUUGGUAUGGUGAGCCAGAUUCAGACCGAAGAAACCUUGCAACUUGUUUAUGGAGGAGCAAAGAGGACGCCAUCAAGGGCGGUAGGGGUCCUUGGCACAAGCAAGCUAGAGCGUGCAUUGCUAAUAUGUACGAAAAUAUCGACGUUAGCGGUGUUCAGCUUACUAUUGGGGAUAAUGUCGAGAGUUGGCAUUUUGAGCGAUGGACUCAUUGA